AUUACUCCAUGUUUACAAAUGUUUGUCGAGAUUGCUGCUUGUAGUUACUUUUGUAAAAUUGGUAUGUCAUUCAUUAUUUUCAUUGCUUGAAUGCUCGGAAAAAUUCUGAAACUCAUUCCUUGUUAAAAUCGCUCGCUAAUGUUCUUUCUAAAUGUUUGAACGUUAUCUUCUUCAAGAUGUCUUGAUUUCAGGGCGUGUUACCGGUGCAUAUUCUUACAGAAUUAGCAAGCCAACAUUGUCCUAGAAAAUGGCUUCUCCAACGCCAGGAUUUCCCCCACCAUCGAGCUACACUACUCAACCUUCUAGUUAUCCCCAACCACCGAUUAAUAUGCAGCCAGGGGGUUAUUCUCAGCCUGGAGGUUAUCAUCAGCCUGGAGGUUAUCCACAACCAUCAGACUUUCCUCAGCAACAGGGAGGUUAUUCCCAGCCGGGAGGUUAUCCCCAACCAGCUGGUUAUCCACAGCCUGGAGGCUACCCACAGCCAGGCGGCUAUCCACAACCAGGUGGUUACCCACAGUCGGGUGGCUACCCACAACCAGGUGGCUAUCCUCCGAUGCAAGGAGAUGGCCAACCUCCAGCCUACACAGCUGGUUGGAUGGGCGUCCCACAAGGAAUUCCUACCACCACUCCUGGCCUGGAGUAUCUCAUCACGAUUGAUCAACUACUAGUGCAUCAGAAAGUGGAACUAUUGGAAGCAUUUACAGGUUUUGAAACUCAAAACAAGUUUACAGUGAAGAAUAGCUUGGGCCAGAAAGUCUAUUAUGCUGUAGAGGACUCUGACUGCCUGACUCGAAACUGUUGUGGUCCCCUGCGUGCAUUCGACAUGAAAAUUUUAGACAACUACAAAAACGAAGUUAUCCAUCUUAAUAGACCACUAGCAUGUGAUUCAUGCUGUUUUCCCUGUUGUCUACAGUCGAUGGAGGUUUCUGCUCCACCUGGAAAUAUAAUUGGUACCAUAGAGCAACGCUGGAGUCUUUGUUACCCAAUGUUUGACAUUAAGAAUGCUGCAGGUGACUGUGUGCUUAAAAUUGAAGGUCCUUUCUGCAGAUUCACUAUCUGUGGAGAGGUUGAGUUCAAGGUAAUGGCUCUGGAUGGUGUAACACAAGUAGGAAAAAUUUCCAAGCAGUGGUCGGGUUUGCUGCGAGAAGCCUUCACGGAUGCUGACUAUUUUGGAAUCACGUUUCCCAUGGAUCUGGAUGUUAAAAUGAAAGCAGUCAUGUUGGGAGCCUGUUUCCUUAUUGAUGCCAUGUUUUAUGAAAAAUCUGGUAACAGGGAAACAGAUAGACCAGGAAUGUUUUAAAUUCAAAGUGAAAGCAUUCACUCUGGAGAAAAGAGAAGACACUAAAACAUUUGGCCUUGAAAUUUCUAUACAUUGUGUUUUUUGGUAAAUGUUGUCUUUGUGCCUCAGCUGGGAGCCAAUUUUUCAGCAUCUAAUAGCUACAAGCAAGCGAAAACGCAAGCAGUAUUGCUGGCAGUUACACUUCUGCGAUUAAAAAGACUGAUACAGUAGUUAUUUAAUAUCUUUGAAUCUAGCACCUAAACCAAAGUUAUAUGUGCAUGAACUGUAUAUAUUUCAUAGAAGUGUUGAUAUUUUAAAUCUUUAAAAACUGGUUCCCUCAAAAACAAUGUUUUAAGUUUGAUCCAAAAUGAAAGGUUUUUGUGUUAAAGUAUUUGUAUUAUAUGUAGUUAAUAGCAUAUGUAUUGCCCAUUAAAGGAGUUGGUCCUGUUUCAGCUUAUUAUUUUAUGUUUAUGUUAAACACUAUAAAACUUAUUUGUAUUUUUGUACAGUACUAAUAAGUAGAAUUAAAUGGACUGAAUUUUUAUUUUUAUUUUAAAGACAAUUGUACUGGUACUUCAUGAUGUAGAUUUAAUUUACUUCAGUAAAAUAAUUUUGUAUUACUUAGUUGUAUGCAUCCUCACAAUAUGUAUUGUGAAUUUUAAAAUCCUGGGUAAAAUAAAUUUAAAUAAAAAUUGAAACCAUGUGAUGAAGUCACAAUUUGCAUUGCCUAUAAACCUAAAAUUUUAGUUCUGUUAGCCAUUUAAUUCUUCUUUUGGAUAUUGCUAAAAGCACAUUUAAAAUGUAACUUUGGCAGCUACCUACCUAUGCAAAAAGUAUGCAACAUAUGUAUAUUUUUUUCAAAGUAAGCCACUUAAAAAAUUGAUGUUUUACAUAUUUAAUGUAAAUAUAAUAUGACCUGGAAUAAGACAAACUCUUUUAAUAUCAAAAUUCUUUGCAGGGUAAUUUUUCAUGAGGUUUUGUUGUAAGUAUGUAUACUAUUUGUAAAUAAAACUUUAUUAAGUAUAAGUUUUACCAGUAACUUAUCAUAGUGUUGUUGAAAAAGCCUUAAUGUAAAAUUAAUAGGCUAGCAAUUGUUUUUCAUACAAGAUCAUGUGCCCUCCAUAUACAGUAGGAAUUACUGUUAAAUGAUAUGAAUAUAAAAUGAGAUUUAUAUAUAUAUAUAUAAAUAUAUAUAAAGUUGCCGUGUGCUUGCUUGUGCGUAUUGCUAUGCUUAUGUUCUAACAGUUACUAAGGAAUAUAGAAUCUCAGGUUAUAUUUACAAUUCUUUCUUCAAGAGCUUAAAGAAGUAAAUGAAUAAUUUUUUUUUUGUUAUUGGUUGUGUUUAAAAAUCAUAUGUUUGCUGAUACAACUGUUUCUUGGUGAAUUAAAAGCUAAUUCAAUACUUUCACCAGGCUCAAUCAUUGUUAAUUGAUGACCCAUUAUUUCACUAAACAAAGUUUACAAACUACAAGUAAACUAACUGGUAAAUUAAGGUAAGGUUGUACAAUUAUAGUCAACCUGGAAAAUAAAAAUGCUCUGGUAAUACUGGGAUAAGUCGGGGCUAUCACAUUAAAUGUCUGACAUUUCUUUUUUUAACAGCAAAAGCAUAAAAUAAAAUUUUCUGUUUACGCAAGUAAUAAACACCAUUUGCAAUCUCUGCUGCCUUACUCGUUUGCCUUAAUGUUUCCAUUAUAUAAAAACUUCUGUUCUCCUUCUUUGUCUCCCAUUCCACAAACAUCUUCUCAGAGUCCUUCAACUCUUCUCUUGCCUUCUCAUUGUUGCCAAAACAAAGUGUCUACACCUAAGCCUUAAAAGUAGGCAAAGGUGUACAACAUCUAUUGUCAAGGACUUCUUGCAUAAAACUAGAUGUUUUAUUGUUGACAUAUUUACUUUAUUUCAGUAUUGCUACAAAUCUUAAGGGUACAGUAGAGCACCCUGUAUCCGGAAUGGUCGGGACUUAGACUAUUCCGGAUAGUAGAAAAUUCCGGAAAGUAGAAAUUCACUAUAAGGCCCCCUAAUUGAAAAAAAAAAAUUGCUCCCGAAGUUUGUGAACAUCCUGUAGCUGUAAAUGAGGACGGCAAGGGGGGUGGGGGUAGGGUGAUGACAGCUACAUCCGGUGGUGUGACCUUGCCACGGGCACGCUUAUCAGACCUUGCCUAGAAGCACGCUACAGCUACGUGACUGUACCAUGAUGUCCGCGCGAAGCAAGCAGACGUAGGCAAGACGUUUGACAUUCAAUGAAUUGUGUUACAAUUACGUAAUUUACAUACAGUUUGUACAGUGAUUUGGUGUAUCCACAUGUUGCAUAAAUAAAAUAUAAAAUAAUAACACAUGGUACAGUUAGGUACGGUACAUUACAAAUAAAAAAACACUUACCAUGACUCACUGUAGGCUACACAUGUCCCGCGAAUAAAAAAUAAUGUCCUAGAACUUAGAUAAACUGCAUUGAAAUAAUCACUGUAUACGGCCCCACUUGUCUGUGUGUAAGAAACAUUGUUUAGCAGUCAUAUUAAUUUAAAUUUAAAAAGCUAAACAACAAAUUACCUAAAUCGUCACACAUUGUGAAAGACAGGAGAAGUUAAAGUUAAUCACCGUCACUGUCACUGUCACUCUGAACAUAACUGUUUACGUUUGUGCCACUGGUGCCAGGUGUUGGAUCGUCAAUGUUCUCACUCGUAGUUGAAGCAGGUGUGGAAACAGGAGCUUUUUUGAACAUGUCACUAAUGCGUUGUUGCCGCACACGUUUGUGCUUCUCUUCAGUCAGCUGUUUUUGAAGCAUAUACAAAUGCAUAAUUUGCUGGUCGUUGAUAUAACUUCGUUGCUCUAGGCCAGCUAUUAAUCGUUCAAUGUGGUGAAGGCACUCAUCUUGCGAGAUUUUCUCCUGUGGUUCAUCUUCAUCGCUACUGCUUUCAUUGUUUCCGUCGUCUUUGUUACACUUAACAGAGUCUAAUAUCUCCUUAUCUGAAAAGUGAUGCACAACAGGAACAUUAUCAUCAACACAAAACCAUUCCACAAUGUGUUGUUCUUGCAAUUGUAAGUCUUCUAGUUCUGGAUUUGUUAUGUUCUUGGCAUACUCCAGCAGUUCGUUCAAGUUUUUUUUGUUCAAAACCUUUGAAGUCGGCUUCAUUUCCCUUGUCAUGAACCUCGUCACGAUAAACCAAAGUCGGCCACAAUUUAAACCAUGCCUUGUGAAAUGUUGACGCAGGCAUACCUUCCCAUGCACGAGCUAUUGACCAUAUGACAUCCUUUAUGGUGUAUUCCUUUUUAAUUUCUGAGAUCGUUUUGCCGCCAUUCAGAUCAGAUAAAAAGUGCUUCAUGAACUCCGUGCGAUAACGACAUUUUAGGGAGCGUAAUAUUCCCUGAUCUUGCGGUUGGAUUAGUGCAGUGCAGUUAGGGGGCAGAUACAUGACAGAAACAUUAUCCCUGUCUAGUGUUUCAGCUGCAGGAUGCGCGGAGCAGUUGUCUAGCACAAGGACAAUCUUGCAGUGCGGGUCUGAGCCUAUCUUGUUACAGUGUUGCCGGCUCUGGCGCACAAAACUGUCAAACCAUUCUGUGGUUAUUGCAGAUGUUAUCCACGCGGUUUUUGUAGCUCGGUAUUCAACGGGUAACACUUUAACACCUUUUAGCGCCCUUGGGCGCAAGCUUUUGCCAAUUACGAGUAGCUUCAGCUUGUGGGUACCAGCAGCAUUUGAACAACCAAGCACGGUCAAUCUGUCUUUAGAAUCUUUCAUCCCGCUGUGAGGAUUAUCUGCAGUGCACAGCGUGCUUCGAGGCAUACAACGCCAGUACAAAGCAGUCUCGUCCACAUUGUAAACUUGGUCUGCUGUUAAGUUGUUGUCCAACACACAUUCUGCGAACUCAACAACAAACUUUUCCGCCGCCGCUGUAUCUGCAGAAAGCUUUUCACCGCUAACUUUGAAAAAGAAAUUCCAUGGCGUUUUUUUGAAUUAUUGAAGCCACCCUAACAAAUAGUCACAAUCGUAUGUUAGAUUCAGUUCGGCAUGAAACACGUUUUGCCUGUUCUAUCAGCAUCUGUCCAGAAAUGCUAACACCUUCACUUCGCCGCAAACGAAACCAUUGAUAAAGAGCAUUAUCAAGGUCGCUACAUUUACUACCCUGCAUUGUUUUUCUGUUUUCAAUUUCUCUCUUCGUAUCACUGUCCGAAUAAAAUUUACACAGUUCAUUCUUUUGUUUCUUUAUGUCGUAAAUCGUCGAAAUGCCGACAUCGUACGAUUGGCUGAGAUUUUUAACAGAAGUCCCAGCAUCUAGUUUCUUGAGAAUCUCAACCUUUUCUUUAAUGGUAAGAACAUUUUUCCUUCGUUUACUACUCUUUUCCUCAUCACCAGGAAGUUUAUGUUUUGAAAACAUCACGUGUCUGCAGGAACGUACAUACUAGCGAUCGCGCACCACAAGCAAGACUGACAUUGAACGCACACAAUACACUACUCCCCCUCCCCUACAACGCGUUAUCACGGCGCGCUCACGUGUAGGCGGGGCCGCUGCCGCCAAUUCCUGAUAUGCGCUCGACGCCCGUGCACUGCAGUCGCGAGACCGGAAGCCUUGGCUUCCAUCAUAACUCGCUGAGUGUUUAUAAAAUCAAGUGCACCCUGACUGACUAGAUGGGGCGUGAACUGCGCAAACAAUCGGUAUUUACUUCCGCGGGAAUAAUAUAUAUUAAUAUAUAUUAUAAUUCAUUUAAAAAUAUAUAUUUUUUUUAAAUUUUGUAAAUUUUUUUUAACUCUCGGAAAACAUCCGGAUAUUAGAAAUUCCGGUAAGUAGAAUUAGGGAUACAGGAUGCUCUACUGUAUUUACAAACUCCUAUUACCACUGAAAAUACAUAAAAUACCCAGUGCUGCAUAACUUCUAACAUGGCAUGCAGACUGUAUGUCCAUUUUCACAUCUUACUAGAAAAUCAUAGACAUUGGUAUAUAAAUAUUUUUUUCAUAGCAGACCUCUUCCAAAUAUAAUAGUACUAUUGUUGUUGGGUAUUUAGAUGAGAUGGUGAUGAAUGAAAAUUGGAGGACUGGGAAUGAUUCUUAUCUUUAACUUUGACUACACUUAUUGAAAGAUAACAGUGUUAGCCAAAAUUCGCCAGAAUUACUAUUCCUAGGCCUCCACCACUCUGGCUUCUUCAAUCUUCCAUUGAGCUAGUUUAAGAGAAACCAGAUGCUAAACAAAGAGGGCCUCGAACUAGCACAGCAAAACUAGAAGUAACAACAGCAUAUUUUCAUACAUGUGAUAAAAUUAACAUCCGUAACCUAAUUACUUUAAACAAAAUAAUCUCUUGAAAUGAAGCAUACAGUUAAACCUCCCUUAAGACAUUCCACAAAAUACAUUUUCCUGUUUAUAAAAUUAUUCCCUUGAUCAUUUCCAUAUAUAUCUCUAUGUUAAUUUUUAUUCAAAACAUUUGCAUUUAUAGAUUCUUCCUGCAUAUAACAUUUAGCGUUUAAGGAAAAAAAUUAAUACAAUAAUGUUUAUUUUUAAACUCUUAAACUAUAUUUAUGGAUUAACUUUUAAACAUUUUUUUAAACAAUAACAAACAUAACCGUCAAAACCUUUGUUGCAUGCAGCAUGCUGUUACGUUGCAUUUUUCGACCAAUCAUCUGCUUGCAUUCGUAUUGACUUUGUGAGGCUGUUCCAUCUGUACACCAUUUCCUUCAUUCAAGGCAUAAUGUCUGACGAAUACACAACAAAUCACUAGCCAUUUGUUGACCUUUUUGCAUGACAUGUGAUGCAACUGGAACAGCAAUUUGAGUUAAUCUUAUUUUCAUUGUAUGUUGGAUACUGUAGUAAAAGAUUUUAUUGUGAACAUAAAAAUGAACAUUUUAAUUUAUACAUCUUGCUAUGAUUUCCGUUCUUUGCCGGACUUUAUUUACCCGUAAAUUGUGCACCAUUUUUUGUAAAACGUGUGUUGAAAAAUCAUGGUACGAGGCUUAUUCAAAGCUUGACAAUACUGCAUAGCGUACAGGUUCCUUCAAGCUCCAAAAUUAGUUGACCUGCUACUGCUUAAAGGAACAUCGGACAUCUUGCAUGAGGUUUACGCUUAGAGUGUGUUUUCCUGUGAGAAUAUGUAGCAAUGAUUGCCAAAGGUUUGCUGUAGCGAUCAUCUACGCCUGCUGAAAACACCUUAAAUGAUAAAAAAAAAAAAAAAAACGCUCAGGAUAUGAAAAAUUGUGCUUCUGGAAAAAAAACAUGGUCACUGGAAAUCGUAUGUGAUAUUGAAGGAGGAAAUAAAUGUUUUUGAGUGAUAGUGUUAAUGCAAUAAAAAAAUUGUUUGACAGGUGAGAUUUUGUAGCAUUUGUUUCCUCAGCAAUACCCAAAUGUAUAUUUUUUAUAAUCUUUCUAACAUAGCAUUGAUUUCAGUUAUCUGUGACCAAGAUGUUUAUGGCACUUCACUGCCGUAAACAACACAGCUGCGGUCGGUAGUCAUUACAGUCAUGAUUUUUUCUGUCGCAUCACGGAAAAUAUGUUGUUAUUCAUAGUUAGUCCAUAAAUAAAUAUUUCCCACCCACUGUUUUUAGAAUCAUAUAUUUACGACAAAGAAUUUUACUAAAAAUAUUUAUAAAUCUAGUAAUUCUCUUGAGAAAAUAUUAAAGAAUGUUGCAAAAAAUAACUGCAUAGGUCAACACUGGUACCAAGAAUGGUACUAUUUACAUAAAACCUUAAAGAGGUAAUUCAUAAUUUUGAGUUAUUACUUGAGUCUAUAAUUAAAAAUUUUAAAAUUUGAUGGGAGGCUUUUUCUAAACAACAAAUAUUUAUGGCAAUGGAAUCCCCACAAAUGGCCCAAUAUUAAAAGAGAAGGCUGAACAAAUAGUGCAUAACCUAAGUAUGCAGGUUUAUGUGCCCUCAAAACAGCCCACCGCAUACCAGCAAUGCAUUGCCCCUGGCUAGUGCUAAGUUAGCGGUGAGUAAAUUUAUAAAAAAUUUUAAAACUAAACAAGUUAACUAUGUUGAACUUAGACCCUAUUGCCGCUGAAGCAAUGCAUAAAAUAGCAGAGAGAAAUAAAUUAGAGGGAAUUGAGUCAUCUAGAUAAGAAUUAAAAAUAAAUAAAUUUAACCACAAAAUUAAAUCAUAAAAAUUAAAGGCUUGUACCACUUGGAACAUAUGUUGAAAGAUAGGUACAUAUCCUACCCAGGUAAUAGUAGAUUAUAAAUGAUAAUAUAAUUCUUCCUCCUUGGCGUAUUCUACCUGGAAUUCCUCUCGGUAGAACAUUCUCUAAAAGGCAUCAUCUAUAUCGUUGUCCUUUCCCUUUAUGUGCUUUAUCUCAAACUUAAAACGUGACAAAGGUAUAACCGUUGCCCAAUCUUCCCGAGUUGGUAUGGGUGGGAAAAUAACCAAGUGAGGGGUUGGUUGUCAGUACAAAGCUCUACUGCAAAGAUGCAUGCCAGGGCCUCUUUCUCAUAAACGCUUUAAUGUUGUUUAUUUUUAUUCAGAGUACGACUUGCAUACAUAAUAGGCUGAAGACCUCGACCUACAUCCUGCAACAGAACAGCUCCCAGGGCUAUGCUAGACGCAUCCACAUUCACGACAAACUUAUCAUCAAAAUUUGGAAGAGCCAGUACAGGGGGGUGUGAAAUGGCGUAUUUGAGAGACUGGAAUGCUUUCCGUUGUUCCUCUUCCCAACAAAAUUUCUCUUCAAUCUGUUUAGGGGGGGGGGGGGGGGGGAGUUGCAUAGCUCAGCAAAACCUUAGACAAAGUGGCUGAAAUACCCAAGUAUGCCAAUAAAGAUCAUAAUCCCCUUGAGAUUUUUGGGUUCAGAGAAGUUGGUUCAUCCAUUUUCAUUUCUCCCUCAGCUAUAAUAAAACCAAAAAAUUUAAUUUGCUUUCUAACCCAAAAGACCGUUUCUGGGUUGACUGUCAGACCUACCCUCAGUUUUUCCAAGAACAAACGUGUGUGUCUCAGGUGUUCCUCAAAACUGCCUGAAAAGAUACAUAUAUCAUAUAAAAAUAUCAUUACAAACUCGUACUGAUAUUCCCCUAGAAUGACCCCUAACACAUGUGACAAGCACUGUAUGCCAAAAUUAACUCCAAACGGUACACGCCACCAUUCAUAGUGCAUCCGUAUUGUCACAAAACCAGUGCAUUUUUGCUUUCCAGCCCAGCACGCACUGAUGAAAAGCUGAGUUAAGGUCAAGGAUAGUAAAAUACUUGGCCUUCCCCAGAUCCUAGAAAAAUAUUUCGACCUUUGGCAUGGGGAAUGGUUCCAUUUACAUUUGAUGAGAACUCACCUCAAUUACGUAAGUGAUAACGUCAUUAAAUUCCUCUAUCACCUUUUGUACUGCCUCCUGUUGAAUUCUGUCCAGGUGCUCUUCCAAUACUUCAAUGCCUCCACAGCAUAACGGAUCCUGUUUCUCUACUUUACCUAAGCUUUACUUUACUUUAGCUAUAUAUGUCUGUCUCCUCGCUGUCAACAAAACAUAAAAUUUGAAUAAACUAAAAAUAUAUUCAUGCAUAAUAGUUCUUAUUUUAACCAAAACAUUUCCUUCAUUCAAGUUCAAUGGAGCCCUCUUUCAAGUUUUAAAUAUCUGUUGGAGAAGUUAAGCAAAGGCUUUACAGGAUAUAAAAUUAAUAAAUUAUUUUAUCAUUUUUAAAAAUAUGCCUAUAUUUAAUUGUUUUUAAAUUUUUGUUUUUUUUACAGGCAUUCACUCUGGAGAAAAGAGAAGACACUAAAACAUUUGGCCUUGAAAUUUCUAUACAUUGUGUUUUUUGGUAAAUGUUGUCUUUGUGCCUCAGCUGGGAGCCAAUUUUUCAGCAUCUAAUAGCUACAAGCAAGCGAAAACGCAAGCAGUAUUGCUGGCAGUUACACUUCUGCGAUUAAAAAGACUGAUACAGUA